AUAGCUCUCUGUCUCUCUCCACUUAGUUAUCUUACUGAAUCGUCAUCUCUUCUCUCUCUCUCUCUCUCUCUCUCUCUCCACUGAAUUAUCUUAUUGAAUCGUCAUUUGAUUGUAUAUAUACCCGCCCACAAAGUCCAUGCGAUUUGCUGUCGCGGCUGAGCACUGUUGGAGAGUGGAACAGAUGAAUGGGUUCAUGAGGGAUGGGCAGCGAGAUAAAUGAGAGACCAGAGCAAAACCCAAAAUGCCCGAGAGGGAAUCCGAAAUGGGUUUUGCAGAAAUAGAGAAAGAAAGUUGAAUCUUUAACUGGGUUUCCGGAUUUUCUCACUCUAAAUCACUGAUCUCUGUUUAUAUAUAUAUAUAUAUAUACGUAAUCUACAAUGGCCGAUAUGUACAACACCACCUGUUCUUCGUCUUCCUCUCCGCCUGAGCCGGACUACUACUCUCUUUUCCUUCACCAAUUCCUCCGAUCAUCAUCGUCACCAUCACCUUCUUUUCCUGCUGUCGUACAAAACCCACAUCGUGCUAUCCAGUCCUCCGUGCCUUCUUGGCCGGAACGCCAGCUCGCCGACCGGAUCUGCAUUGCGGAGCCAUCUUCCUUCGGCCAUUUUCCGACGAACAUGUCUUCCUCGUCCGUCGGAACCAUCGAGAAUGAUCCCGACGAGUGCGACUGCGAGAGCAAGGAGGGUUUUGAAGCUCUGGUUGAAGAGAUAACAGCAAAGGCGGCUCCGCCCCGUAAUUCAUCCAAGAGAAGCAGAGCAGCCGAAGUUCAUAACUUGUCUGAAAAGAGGAGGAGGAGCCGGAUCAAUGAGAAAAUGAAAGCAUUGCAGAAUCUCAUCCCAAAUUCGAACAAGACCGAUAAGGCAUCGAUGCUCGAUGAAGCCAUUGAGUACCUCAAGCAGCUUCAGCUCCAAGUACAGAUGUUAACCAUGAGAAAUGGGUUAAGUUUGUAUCCUAUGUGCCCACCUGGAGUCUUGCAGCCAGAACACCUCUCUCAGAUAAAAGUGAACUUUGAUGAAGGAAAUGGACCCCUGAAUAUGGACGUAACCGGCAUACUUCCUGUAAACCAAGAAAACCCAACAAAUACUCUCUUUAUUAUACCUAGCCAAAGUACCAACCCAGCUCAGUUAUCAGCAGCCGACUUAUCUACUAUUAUCAACGUUGAAACUCCAUUUGGGAUGGAACCAUUGAUCCAAGAUCAGCGUAGACCUUUCCAACUCCACACAUCAUCUGAAGUAAAGGAAAUCCACAGGGAGGAAGUGAUGCCUCAUCAACGACUUGUUAUCGACUAUUCUCGAUCAAAUCAAUCAGCAUCUGGUGCGAAGGACAACACGCUGGAAGCAAGCAUCCUGGGAAAAGAGAGGCCAGAAAGCUUGAUCCUGUCAAAUUUUGACAGAGACUCAACUCUGGCUCCCCCAUUUUAAUGGGUAAACGUGCUUCCAAUGGAAAGGUCUUUGCUUUGUUCAUGGCAAUUUCUCUAGGCUAAUCUUUUCUGUGUCUUAUUAGUCUGUAUGACAUUGUUCAUCUUAGUUGUCUGGAAACUGUGCAAAAAUAUGUUGAUGAUAAAUGCAGCUAACUGAUUUCUGUCGCCUUUGUGGUAACUGAUCUGUGAAAGGCAAAAGGGCCUCAGCUUCGAGCUUCUAAUUGUCAUAAUUUAUGAGCCUUUGCAUGAACUCA